AUGUCCAGUAUCACGCUCAAGGCCGACCUUGCGGCUAAAUACGUGGUGCAAAAUGAGCUCCUACUAAAGCUGUUUGGUGGACAGACGGCGGACGUGGGACAGGUCACCAUCGGCGACGUGAUGGGCCAGGACAGCCUGGCGUACUUGGAAGAAUGGAAGAGCCGGCUGGAGCAGGCCGAUAGCGAGAUGGAGACGCGGGAUAGCGUGGACGACGAGCUGGAAGAGUUGGACACGAUCAUCACGCGGCUCGAGAAAGAGUUUCUGAACCCUUCCGACGGGUCGCUACGCGAGCAAAACAACGCCAUCUUCAACGAAUAUUGUGAUAAAUACAACAAAGUGAUCUACGAGGUGAAGGAUAAUGAGGAUUUGAACGCCGGAAUGGACGACACUGAGGAACAGGGCUCUUUUGAAAGCAGCGUGUACUAUAGAGUGAAAUAA